UUCAGUGGAUACGAUUCUUAAGUCACAAAGUCGAGAAAUUGACGCGAUUUCGGUUCUCCUGUGCGUUAAAAUAUCUUUUCGAGUUUUUUUAUUUAAUGCUACAUCAUCUAUACAGCUUUUUAAAUUAUAUCUCGAUACAGAUCGACAAGUAUCCCUAUGUUUCUACUGUUUUAAAGUUGGCCGUCAUCGGAGUGUACGCGCUGUCACCUAUACCAGUGUAUCCAGUAAAGAAAACUAUCAAUAGAAAAUUUUUGGAAAUUUUAAAUUACUUGCCGUGAACAAUACGACGCGCGUCAUAAAAGACAUUGCGUUUAUAUACUUGAAAUUUCUUGCAAUCACUUUGGUUCUAAGCGUUCUAACUUACCUGUAUAUGGUGUACGUCUUAAAGGAAACUGAUCUAGUUAAAAAAAAGUGACGGUGGGGUAGCAGUGUCGAUUUAAGUGAAAUGAUCUGAAAAAUUAUUUUUUUUGGGUGUCGCAAUUUUUUUAGCAGAAAAGGCUUGUCUGUGGGAGCGGUAUUACCAAGACAGUCGCAGUGGCAGAAGUUGCUAGUACAUCGACAAACUCCACUAACGAAACCCUAACGGGAAUACCACAAAUAGACUAUGUUUGGGACCCUAAUUUGCCCAAAGAACUGAAUGGAUACAACUUAUCGGAGUACCCCUUCUAUGAAAGGGUGCCUGAAGAAAUAGACUUUAAGUGCGAUGGUUUGCAUGAUGGAUUUUACGCCAGCGUACCUCACAAAUGUCAGGUUUAUCAUCACUGUCUUUUUGGUACUAGGUACGAUUUUUUAUGUGCCAAUUAUACUGCCUUCGAUCAAAAGACCUUCAUUUGCCAUUUCGUGUCUGAGGUGGACUGCCAAAACUCCAAAAAAUUUUGGCACAGGAAUGACGCCUUGUACACUGUGACAACUACCACUACGUUACGACCUAUACGACUCGACAUUUAUACACCUCCACCUCAAGCUGGAGAUCCCGUAACGCCACUUCCGUCUGCUUCUGCUCCACCGAGAAGGCCUCCGGAAGCUAGGCGCCCUUAUAGACCCAAUCGCAGGAGACCUCAGUUUGAUUACUACGAAGACGAAUAUUACGACGACGAAUACUAUGAAGAAAGACCAAGGAGGAACCGCGGUAGAAAACGACCAAGACCUAGACGCCCAGUUUAUGAUGACGAUUAUGAGGAAUAUGAGGAUGAAAGAUACGAAAGGAGGGGUUCGGGAAGACGCCGACCAUACAGAAGAAGAAAUAAGGGAAGAAGGAAGCCAGAGUAUGAAGACGAAGAAGUCGAGGAGAGAUUUGAAGAUGCUGAUUUUGUUGCAGCAAACAAACGACACCGAAACGAAGAUCGAGUGAAAAAUACUGAGGACGACAGGGUUGAAGAUAGAGAACGAAAGCGACCAAAAACAGAAAAGCGAAGAUAUCCUGAAGACGCAGAGAACGAGCGCAAGUCUACCAGAAAAGGUGUCCGGAAGCCAAGUGGCGAAGAUUAUGAAGACGAGUUCGACGACAGUCGAACUUACGAGGGUAGGAGAAGAAAAGAAAAUGGAAAAAAACAACCGGGCACAGCGCAGGACAAUGAUGACAGACCCGUUAUUAAACCUAUCAGCGGCAGUAUAUAUGACAGACCUAGACUGGCUCCUAGAAUUAAUUUGCCCGUUCCUAAAAAUGUAGCCGAUAAAUUUUCUUAUAACAAAUCUGCAGGUGGAUCUAAAUCAUCUACCAUUGCAACAGUUUUGGUAGAGGAGAACUACAGUGAUUAUGAAGAGGAUGUUGUUCCAAAAAGCAGUAAAGAUCAAGAAAUAAAAUCCGACGAAAAUAAGGAGGUCCCAAAUAAUAACACAAACAAUGACUCCAGGGGACAAGCUGCGUCAACACAAAAACAAAAAGUUAGGAGACCAGAAAAUGAACAAACACCUGAAAGGACUACAAUAAAGCCGAAAUAUGGCAGUGGUAGGCCACACAAGUACGCACCCAACAGAAGUACAUCUAGUACCACGAAAAAACCUGUAAUCGAAGAGUAUGAUGACGAAUAUGAAUACGAGGUUCAGGAAAUUAAACAGAAGAACAAUGAGCACAAAAAUGAAAGAACGUCCACAACUAUUAGCACCACUACAACAUCGACAACAGAAGUUCCUCCUCCAAAGGAGAGAUCAGAGCCCAUAGUGCGAAUUGUUAAAAGACCAUUCUUACCGAGCAGAGGAGGAAAUCCAUAUUUAGCAAGAGGUCUGCAACCAGUAGGACUUAAAGCUGCCGAUAAGAAAAAUAUUGAAAAUGACUCAAAUUCCAACAGGCAAGGGCAGUCGGAAAAAACACUUCACGAAGAUUUCAAAUCUAACCAAGAAACUUCUAAAUCAGACGAAGAGAGAAAAUCUGCGUUCAAAGCUUCGCCAAUAAUUAUUAAGGUACCAAUUAGAUCAAAGUACAUAGCAUCCAGCCCAGAAGCACAAGAAGUCUUCGAUUCAGAAUCAUCAAGACAACAGAAUUACAAAAAGGAGUUUCCUUCUGUUAGGACAACCGAAAAAACAUUUCCAGGAAAAAACGCUUUAGAUUUAAAUGAAUAUGACGUAACUUUGAACGAGGCAUUAAGUCCAACAUUGCCAAAUGUACCGGUCAGAAGCUAUCCCACCGGAUUUAGUGCCGGUAGCGAUUACAGUUAUAGCGCCUAUCAGCGGCCCAGAUAUGUAGCUGAUUCUAUUAUAAGCCCCUCAGAUGUAUAUCAAAACCAACCCGUAAGGCAGCAACAACAUUACGAAAGGAUACCGCAAAGUCAAUAUAUAAAUGGGGGUUACAGCAGGCGGGAAGUAUCAAACGGUCAAACACAAGCAAUAUACUCGAGUUACUGAAUAAUACUCAU